AUGACUUCACGUCUUGGCAGGAUGAAGGCUUCUUCUCGGGGGGACCCUAGGCACGCAAAGCUUCUGAGCCACCUCCGGAAGGAGCCCAUGUGCGAGGAGGGGGCACUCAGGCGCGUCGCCGGCUUCAAGGAGCUCACGGGCCGCGGGGUUGCACUGGAUUCCUUCUUGUGGGACGACGGGUGGGACGACCCCUACGCGCUCUGGGAGUUCAACCGCACCAGGUUCCCCCGCGGCUUCAGCGCCGUCGCCGAGAAGGCGAAGGAGCUUGGCGCAGGCCUCGGGGUCUGGCUGUCCCCCUGGGGAGGCUACGGCAGCGCCAAGGAAGAGCGGGUCCGGUUGGGCAAGGAGCAGGGCUUCGAGGUCAACGAGCACGGCCUGUCGCUCGCGGGGCCUAAGUAUGCCGCCCGCUUCGGCGAGGCCGUGCAGAAAUUCCGCCGAGAGUCUCGCGUCAACAUGUUCAAGUUCGACGGUGUGGCUGGCGAUCCCAAGGAUCUGCCUGCCGAGUGCGAGGCGAUCUUGGAGCUCUCGGCGGCGGUCCGGGAGGAGAGCCGGAGGGACGUCGGCGGGGAGGGCGUGGCGGGCAGUGAGGUAGGCGGCGCGGGAGCGGCCGCGAAGGGCAGAGACCCGUUCUGGAUCAAUCUGACCACAGGGACUUGGCCCAGCCCGUUCUUCCUGUUGUGGGUGCCGCCAUCUGGCGCGGCCACACGGACACCGCAGUGCCAGGCUGGCCCCUUCUGGACGGCCUCAGCCGUCGGCAGCGCUGGCAGGUCUGGCGCGAGUGCGUGGUGCACGAGUUCAUCGUCAGGCGGGCGGCGCUGUUCCCGCUCGCGCACCUGA